GUGAUGGAUGCUGCAGCAGAGGGUCAGGAAGCAGAGCCUACGAAAGUACAGGGGCCCCCACGCAUUCAGGGUUUAUACCGGGAUUUAGGGAAGGAUGAGUGGGCCGUGGCCACCCCUGAGAAGGUGGAAACGGAUUGUAGCAUGUACAGCGCGAGCCUACCAGCUGUUCAAGCUCUGGAUGCUGAGGAACAGGGAGAAUUCGCAGACCCAUCCCGGCCUGAUGCGGAACACAAGACCACUGGAGAUUCAAGGAUCAAAGCGGAGCCUGAGACCCUGGGAGGAGUAAAAGAACCACUUCCAUCUCGAGCACAAACACCGGAACAUCCCGACAAGGGGGAAGAAGAGAGGCGCCCCUGUGUGCAGGCUUUAUUCCCCGAUGUGUGGGACAGGCCUGUCGAUUUUAACCUUCUGGCUAGCCAUGUUUGUGAAAAGUUAAGCCCCGGCUGUUGCUAUCGCUGUGGUUUGGUUGUCCUGUUCCAAAAGGAUAGCUGCAGAGACUAUACCCCCUCUAUAGAUGUGACAGGGUUAUCCGUGAUGGAGGUCAAGGGGGCAGACCUGUGCAAAUUUCUGGAACUGAAACUGGCAGAACAUGCUGAAAAGCAGAUCAGACAUGGAGACAAGGAGACUCAGGGAGAACAUGAAGAACCAGAGGGUGUUUCCCCCAAGAAUUAUACAGAGCUCUGAAGAUUAUUGUUACUCAAAACCCACGGUAAAAAGAGGAGGCCUAACCUCUAUUGCUGUAGUGGUUCCUGCCGUGGUUCUGAUUAUACAGGCGACUCAGGCAGACCACACUAGCCGGAUUGCGAUCUUAAAUGUUGCAACUUUUCUGAUGAAAGGACAGUAACAGAAAUGGACAAUGGCUAUUUUGAGCCUUUAGGAGCCACGGAAGGCGGUGUUCUUAUGAAAUUGGCCCGGGGGAGAGAAGAUGACCUGGAGGUGCAGGCGGGCAGAGUUGCACACAAGAAUCUGAUUGGAGAA